AUGGCGCAUAAUGAACCACAAGCAGUUCAAGUGACCAAAUCAUCCGAUGGUAUUACCACCAUAACCAUCAACCGAGAGCAUCGAAGGAAUGCAAUUGAUGGACCGACUGCUCACAAACUUACCGACGCCUUCUUAGCUUUCGAAAACGACCCUGUCCAGAAGGUUUGUGUCUUCAAUGGAGCAAAUGGCACUUUCUGUGCUGGUUUCGACCUCCAUGAAGUGGCAAAGUAUGGGCAUGGGUCUGGGAAAGAAAGCUACAAUGGGCCCAUCAUCGAACACAGUCAUCGAGUUCGAGGCCGCAAUAUCGGUCCCAUCGGCCCAUCGCGAAUGCAAAUCAAGAAGCCAGUCAUCAGUGCAGUAUCAGGGUAUGCCGUUGCCGGAGGUUUGGAACUUUCUCUUCUCGGAGACAUCCGUGUUGCUGAAGAUGAUGCGGUCUUUGGAGUCUUUUGCCGACGGUUCGGCGUUCCUCUCAUUGACGGCGGCACUGUUCGCCUACAAGCCAUCGUGGGCCUCGGUCGAGCCCUCGAUAUGAUACUCACCGGCCGCGGAGUAUCCGCAGAAGAAGCAUUGCAGAUGGGCCUAGCUAAUCGGGUUGUGCCCAGGGGCCAGGCUCUGGCAGAAGCAACAAAUAUUGCUCGACAAUUGCUGGCGUUCCCACAGGCCUGCAUGAACACUGACAGAACGAGCUGUUACUACUCGGCAUACAACGCUAGCUCAUUUGAGGAUGCUCUGAGCAACGAAUUCGACCAGGGAAUCAAAGUGAUCAAUACGGAGAGUGUUCAGGGUGCAACGGAAUUUUCCAAGGGAGCGGGAAGGCAUGGAAAGUUCGAAAAGGCCAAGAUGUGAGGCUUUGGCUAGAUUGACGGCGGGUUGGAAACUGGCCGGGUCGAAUUGCCGACAUCGGAAUGUGCAAAAUCUAGGGAGC